AUGACAGCUGACAAACGGGGCCAGCGGGCGUCAGCUGUGGAGGGAAGAAGGGCGCCGUCGCCGUCUUUCCUGUCCCGUAAGAGCCGCGCGGCCCCGCUCCGGGCAGAGCCGACGCCCAAGGCUCGGGGCAGCGACUUGCGUGCGCCGGCAGCUGCGGCUGGUGGCCGGGAGGUGGCGGCAGCUGGGCCCCUGACAUUAGUGCGGCGUGUCGGGCUGACAUUCACCGGCCGCCAGGCGCUCUGCCGACGCGCCGCCCAAAUGCCACUCCGCGCCACUCUGCCCCCAGCUGCCGCCGCCCCAGGCGCUGCGUGGGCGGACCCCGCCAGCCGCGGCCCCACCUGCGGCACGCAGGGGCCUCCAGCAAAGUGCGGCGCGGCGUGGCGUCGCGUGCAGCCGUCUGUGUGUGUGUGUGUGCGCGCGCACGCCAGGCCACGCAGGCUGGCCCGAGCUGCGCCGUGCUCCGCCGUGACCCGGCGUGACCCCGCGCCGCGCCUGCCGAUGGCCGGAUUGCGUGCGCCGGCUGACACCGCCAAGCGCGCGCCACCAUUGUUACUGUGGGGAUGA